AUGAAGCACUUCAUUGCCUCAGGGAUAGCUGCGUACUUUCUGGCCAUUUCACACGGAAUCUGCCAGGCGGGUGUGACAGUGGGAGAAGUUACCAAAGUUGAAGUGGUGCAGCCAAACCCAACUGGAGCUUUAAAUUUGUCAACCAGAGACGAGAUAAAGGGAAAAUGGCCCAAGAAAUACCACAACGUGUCUUUCAGACCUCCAAGGGUAACGCUGCUAGAUAUUAUAAAGGGUCAGUACAUGAAAGUGGCUAGGAGGGCGCUGUACCCAGCCGCACCGAGUAGACAGCCGAAGAAAAAAAUGAUGACGCCCGUUUGUGGUUUCCAUCGGAGUUUGAAUCUUACUCAUGUUCCUUACAGGGGGUCCCCAAAAGUGGUCCCUAAUUGGGAGUUAGUUUUAAAAUCUAUCAUCUGUGCUGCGCUUGAUCUUGUCGCCUUUCUAGGUAAUGCUAUUAUCAUUCUGAUCGUUAUAAAAACGAAGAAGAUGAGGACUACGACAAAUUACUACAUCGUGAACCUGGCUUGCUCUGACCUGCUGGUAGCGUGUGGGCCUAUCUGGAUCCACCUAGUGGACGAUUUGACCGAAGGAUGGCAGCUCGGCUACAUCCUCUGUAAAUUCAGCGCUUUUCUUCAAAUUACAGCUAUGUGCGCCAGUGUAUUUACUCUUAUGGCAAUUGCAGGGGACCGCUUUUUUGCCAUCAUGUUCCCGUUAAAAUCUCGUGUGACUCAACGCAGGAUUCGCUUCGUCGCCAUAGUGAUUUGGUUGAGCUCGACAGCCAUUGGCUCUCCUCUGCUGUUUGUCUAUACCUACGAAGAACGCCAAUGGAAAGACCAUCUAGAGAAGUUUUGUUCUGACGUCUGGCCUUUGCGGGAUGGGGACGAAAGUUGUGGUAUCACAGCAAAAAGAGCCUUCUGGACUUUUGUGUGUUUAGUGUUAAACUGGAUCCCGAUGGUGACAAUGACGGUAAUAUACACGGUAAUCGUCUGCAAACUCCGUUUCAAUAGGAUAGUGCCCAAUUCCGGGGUCCUCUCCUACACAGCUAUCCAAAAUCGAUCCAAAAGAAAGGUAGUCAAAAUGCUGUUUUCAGUACUCAUUGUUUUCAUGGUGUGCACUGUCCCCUUCCAAGUGUCCAAAUUGUUUGAGUUAUACAGACCAAAGUCCAGUUUAGGACAAGAGCUGCCUUACUGGUACGACACAGUUUACUUUGCCGCCAUUGUCCUGAUGUAUGCUAACAGCGCACUCAACCCUGUAAUUUAUGGAGGUUUGAACGAGAACUUUCGCAAAGGAUUCUGGGCAAUGAUUCGCUGUGAAGAGCCCGCUCGCCGGCCUUCCGGUCCAGCCGGACUGCACUUAAACAUGCGUCAAAACACCGGCUAUUCUAGUAAACCUGGAAGUAUAAGUAAUAGUAAGCGGUCAGAGCCGCGGACCGAGGACACUUACACUCACUCUAGCCAGCACAACGUUGCGAAUAGGUCCCUUAGUGGUAGAUCGGUGCAAACGCCAACUGUCCUUUAA